AUGAUGUCAACCUUGAUGGUUGAUGGAAGACAUGGCAGCCAUAGACCCUGUACCUCCCUCACUCCUGCUUAUCUCAAGUCUCGGCCUUGGACCGGCGCUUACCGAAACCACUAUCGUUAUCCAAGACGUCAAUUUUUCCUCCGGCAUAACUCCGCUCGCGUUACGUUCCACCGCGUUCCACCACGUGGGAUCGUCGCCUUCACACUCUCUCCAGUUUCAGAACACCCAAUCUUAAGCCUAUCCAUUGCUACGUUUUGCAUUUCAACCGUCACAAUGGGUCUCUUCGAUAAACUACAAGCCAAACUCGAACUCUACCGCCUCGAACAGCGCUAUGCGCGUCGCAAGCACCGCAGCAACUUCUCCACGGGUGCGCAAUACGUCGACGGCGAAUAUGUCUACACGGGCCCAAGCUCGCCCACGAGUACCGGCUCAUCCAAACAAUCCACUGCUAGCUGGCGCCCAUCAGGAUGGAGCGGCCAGUCUCAGGCAUCCCGAUGA